AUGGUGGAAUUCCUGAAAUAUAUGAAUAGAAAGACUUGGAAAGUUGUCAUAAAGGGUUGGGAACAUCCUGUUGUGAAGGAAAAAGAUGGGAAGGUUGUUACUAACUUGAAGCCUGAAGAGGACUGGUCUAAGGAAGAAGAUGAACUUUCUCUUGGAAACUCCAAAGCUUUGAAUGAUUUAUUUAAUGGAGUUGACAAAAACAUAUUCAGGUUAAUAAACACAUGUACUAUGGCCAAAGAUGCAUGGGAAAUUCUCAGAACCACUCAUGAAGGCACAUCUAAAGUGAAGAUCUCUAGACUUCAGCUUCUCACUACCAGAUUUAAGAAUCUAAACAUGAUAGAUGAUGAGAGUAUUCAUGAUUUUCACAUGAAUGUUCUUGAAAUAGAAAAUGCAUCUAGUUCCUUGGGAGAGAAGAUAUCAAAAGAAAAGAUGGUUAGAAAAAUUCUCAGUGAUAGAUCUGAAAAGAAGAACAAGAGCAUAACUUUUGUAUCCAACACUGAAGAUGAAGAGAACCAAUGUGACUUGGAUAUUGAUGAGGGAAUAUCCAAUGCUAUUGUACUUCUUGGGAGACAAUUCAACAAGGUGCUGAAGGGAAUGGACAGGAAGUCAAGACCAAAUGUCAAGAACAUCUCAUAUGACAUCAGCAAGAACAAUGACUUUCAGAGAAGAACAAGAACAGAAGAUAAAUCCAAUCAAGGGGUUGUCUGUCUCUUGGUCGAUGAUGAUAACUCUGAAAGUGAACCUGAGAAUGAAUCUGCUAAACAUGUAACUACUUUAACUAGAAGAUAUGAUUAUGAUGAAGAUUCAUGUGAUGAAGAAGUAUCUUAUGAUGAAUUGGCCACCUCUUACAAAGAAAUGUGCAUCAAAAGUGAAGAAAAUACUCAAACUGGAGGCAAGUUAUUGCGCUGGACAUGUCAUUAUUGUGGAAAUUUUGGUCAUCUAAAGUCCUUAUGCUUCAAACUGUAUGGCUAUCCAAGGAGUCCAACAGAGCCUAGGGCUAAUCAAGUGGUGAUUGAAACUAGAAAGGAGUGGAUACCUAAGCUUGUCACCACUAGUCUUAUAGCUCACACCUCUCUUAGAGCUUCAGUUAAAGAAGAUUGGUAUUUUGACAGUGGAUGGUCUAGACAUAUGACAGGGGUCAAGAAGUUCUUGGUGGACAUCAAGUCUUACUCCAUCAGUUAUGUCACUUUUGGUGAUGGGGAUAAAUGUGAAAUUAAAGGAGUUGGAAGAUAA